AUGUUCAUCUUCCCAAUCCUCCCCCUCCUUGUCGUCGGACUUUCUACCACCGCGCUGGGUGAUAAGCACCGCCUAUGUGCUUGUACAAAUACCGAAGGCAACGCCAUUGAUGACACCCUUACCUCGACUGCUACUGAUAACAAAGGAAGUUUUGUCAUAAGCCUGAAAGUCUGGACCGCGGAUGAGGGAGCACCUCUUGCAGGAAAAUAUGCGCAUACUAUCGACGGAUGUUUUCUCGGAUCGCGUAGCUGCGACGACAGCUUUAUCGGAGGAGAUGAGAUGAAUGGCCUAUGCGGAGGACACAGCACCUAUUUUACCCCCACCAAGGGCGACUACACGUUUUGA